CAGAAGCCUUUGCCCGUCCUGUCCAUCCGCCAGCCAGGGUCUCUUCAUGGUCUCUUCAGGGUCUCUUCAGGGUCUCUUCAGGCCUGGCUCCAGCGGCCGCCCUUCCAGCGACACGUGUGUCCCCGGCCGGGCGCGGCCCCCUGGCGGCCACGCACCGAACCUCGGACCGUCAACACUCGGGACGCAACUCCAGCUGUCAGCAUCAUGACAUCCAAAGUGACCUUCAAAAUUACAUUGACUUCUGACCCCAAACUUCCAUACAAAGUGUGAUCUGCGACCUGAAUGUUGCCUUAGGGGAGUUUGCCUGAUGGUUAGGAAUGAGAGCAUACCAAACAGCCAAGGAAUAGGAUCUGCAGUUAAAGAAGAAACAGGGUGCUCAUACCAUCUAUGGAAAAAGGGUUUUGUGGUAUCAAGUGACAGUAGAUGACAGAUUACAUUUUCAUAUCUUGAGAAAGCUUUUUGUUCAUUUUGGACAUUGAUUACAGUUUAGUUUAUGGCACUAUCAACAGUGAAAAUUGGAUUUACAAGGAAUUUUAGAAUAAGCAAAUAGUAUCCACGAUAUUAAUUGUAAUUUAUUUUUUUUAUUUUGAAAUAAUGUGGAAAUUGGUUCUACAGAAUCUGCUGUAUUUUAUUCAUGAAUUGUAUCCAGCUGCUUACAGUCAGAGUAAUUGGACUUGUGAUGGUGUAGACAAAGCUCUGUCAUGGGGUGCAUACUGUGAGAAAAUAGCAAGGCAAUCCCACCAGAAUGGCAGCCUUCAGAUUGCAUUUAGCCACUUGGCAAGAAAACCCAAUAUGGCCCUUUCAUUUUGUCAGUUGCAGGAUGCACGCUAUCACUUGCUGAAAAGCCUCAUUCUUAAUCAAGCACUUGAAGCAAAUGUACAGGAGCACAUCUCUCAUGUUGCAAAAAUGACUCUGGGGUCUACUGCUGCUGCUAGAAUUUAUGAGCAGGUAAAUCAGCAGCAGGAAUCUUAUAAGCAGAUAAGUGCUUAUAUCAAUGAUACAAUGAAUGAAAACUUUCAUAAAGACCUCAAAAGUAAACUGGUGUUAGAAGUGAUGGACACCUUGAGUUCAGAGCAAGUAAAUGAAACACUCUCUGCAUUAGUUAAAAUUCCAGAUGGCCUUAGUAUAUUGUUAGAUGAUGUGAGGUGUGGAAAUGUAAUGCUUGAUGUGAAAAAAGUUUCAAGAGGUAAAAUGAUUGUUGAAUGGUUAAAUUCAGCAUUACGAUCCCCAAGGGCACCCAUACACAAAUGUAUAGUUCAGACUUUGUGUAACCUUCAACCAGAAAGAUUGUGUGAUUUACUGUUAUGCAGUCGUAAUCUUUUAAUUGCGUUUCUGGCAGUACUGCGUAGAGAAGGACAGAAGCUAGUGUUUGUCGAGCAUCCCACAGAUUACUCCUGGUCACCACAAGACUUAUCGUCAUUUUUAACAUACAAAGACUUAGUGACUGUUUGUAGUAAUAUACACUUGAGCAAAAAUCUUGCAGCAUCUACAGACAAGAUAAUAUCUGAGUGGUGCAUGCAGGAGGAUGGGGCAAUCUGGAAUGAUGUAUUGAGUGAUGUGAAAAUUACUGUUCAUAGAAGAGAUGCUUUUCCAUAAUGGUAAAAAGUGGGGGAAAAAAUCUUGCACAUCACACGAAGUAAACAUUCUUGUCUUAUUUGAUUUGUGAGAUUAAUUAUCAGUGGUGAUAGCUUUUGCAUUAUCUCAGAUUAAGCAAAUCUGUUUUAACAAAUGUCAUCAUGAGCGUUGAUUAAUGAAAGGCUUUAUAGCGCAGAGAGAGUGAUUUAUGAAGAUGAUUUUACAUGAAAGCCAGCUUGUAAUGAUCUUAUCAAAUGAAAUAAUGUGUUAUAAUUUAUGAUUUCUCACAAUUAAUUACUGUACCUUUUGUAAAAUGAGGAGAUAAA